GCGAGGAGAGGAUGUCGAAUUUGUGUUGCAAAAAAUAAUUUAUUUGUCGACGUUUUUGUGUUUUAAUUAUGUGAAUAAUGAGAUGAAAGUGUAAAUAAAUGUUAGAUUAGUGUUCGCUAGUGAUUAUGGCGCAUAGUGGUGGUGUUUUAAGUUCAGAUAUAUCUCGUAGGAACCCCCAAGAUGAAUACGAGCUCAUACAGAGGAUUGGUUCAGGCACUUACGGAGACGUUUACAAGGCGAAACGUCUUAACGGCAAUGGGGAGCUGGCCGCCAUCAAGGUGAUAAAGCUUGAGCCGGGCGACGACUUCGCAAUCAUCCAGCAGGAGAUCCUCAUGAUGAAAGACUGCCGGCAUCCCAACAUCGUCGCCUACUACGGCUCCUACCUUCGCCGGGAUAAGCUCUGGAUCUCCAUGGAGUACUGCGGCGGAGGCAGCUUGCAGGACAUUUACCAUGUCACCGGGCCCCUAACGGAGCUGCAGAUAGCGUAUAUGUGCAAGGAGACGCUCAUGGGCCUGUCGUAUUUGCACAGUAUGGGCAAAAUGCACAGAGACAUAAAAGGUGCAAAUAUCCUGUUGACGGAAUGCGGUGAUGUGAAGCUGGCGGACUUUGGAGUAUCAGCUCAAAUUACAGCCACCAUCAACAAGAGGAAGAGUUUUAUAGGAACACCGUAUUGGAUGGCCCCUGAGGUAGCAGCAGUAGAGAGAAAAGGUGGUUACAAUCAACUCUGUGAUAUUUGGGCGUGUGGGAUUACGGCAAUAGAAUUAGCAGAACUCCAACCGCCUAUGUUCGAACUUCACCCAAUGCGGGUCCUCUUUCUCAUGUCAAAGUCAGGGUUCAAGCCACCGCAACUGAAAGAGAGGGAGCGAUGGUCGCAGCUCUUUCACGCGUUCCUGAAGCUGGCUCUGACGAAGAACCCAAAGAAACGGCCCACGGCUGACAAACUGCUACAGCACGCGUUCUUCCAACAAGACAUGAGUAAGAGGCUUGCGAUAGAACUCCUCCAGAAGUAUUCAAACCCACCGAACCACAGCCAGGAACUGGACGAAGAUGGGGCGAUAUCGAACGUACCGCAUCGGAUCGAGUCGAGACAGACGCGCGGGCGAAGAGACGCACGUCCACGCAGUUUGUUGGAUCCUCGAAGCGCGCCAAGAGAACAUCUCGCUCACCAUACAGACCAUGGCUUGAGAUUAACAUCAGAUGAAGAACGCGAAGCAAACCGUCGAUCCGGUUUGUAUGACGGUUCGCCAAUCAUAGAUCUUGACGCUGACGAUGAACUCAAUCUGUCCAUGCCUAAAGUUAUCAAUUUUAAUGCUGAAAUAAAUCGAAGUUGCGAUGGUGAUACCGUAAAACGAAAUGAAUACCACAGACAAUCAAGCGAAGACUGGAGCGUGGCCUCUCUUAUAACUUGCCCUAAACACAAUCCCUUAACAACAGAUCUAUCAAUUGAUAGCAUACCGACUAGCGAAAACAAGUGGUGUCGGGUCGUCACUGGUGAUGAUAUUAUGAGAAUGAGUUUGAGGAGCCUCUUGCAAUAUAUUGACGAAGAGUUAAUGCUCAGGGCAACACUACCAUUGACCGCGGAAAACGUAUCACUGACCCAAGCUUCGAAUUCAGGCCUGUCUGUCCACGACCAACAUUUGUCCCAAUGCAUACAACUAAAGCAGAACUUUUUAAAUAAUUCCACAACAAAUGUUUACCAAAGUCUCGCAUCUAACUACCAAUCGCCACUUACAUCCUCCAUAUCCAUUGACGAUCCUAUAUCGAGGAAACCAGAAAACGAUAUACUGUACGUAGACGCACAUGAUUCCGAAAUCGUAAACGACAAUACGCAAAUAAGGAACACGAAUUGCGAAUGUGGUCUAUGUCCAAAACCUGAGGCGCGAGAGAACAACACGCUGAGUGAUCUACAAAGAUCAGUCGCGCCGAAAUGUUCCUGCGACGCGUGCAAUUCCAACGGCGAUAUUCUAAGCUACUAUAGACACUGCUCAAAUCAGAACUCGGAUUCAGGAAUCGUUUAUUGCGAGACGUGCAAAAAACAGAAAAUAUCGAUAUCGAACUUCAGAGCUUUACAAAUAACGAAUCGAUUACGGAUAUCGGAUACCGACAGAAUCGAGAACGGUGCGACAUCUGACGACGAUUUGUGCAGACGAAUCGAUAUAAGCUUAGAUAUGGAAGACAAGAGUUAUGAGCAUAGGAAGAGACAUAAUCGACAUAAUUCCGAUUCUGUGACAGCUGGCAUCGAUUUGAAUCAAUUCUGCCAAUGCGAGUUAGAAAGUAUUAAUAAGAGGAAAACGUCAUCGGUUGAUGAGAUAUUCAAGAUGGCCGAAGAAAAUGGUAGGGAUGGACAGAAGGAGUUGAUUGAGGAGGUGAAAACCAGCCAACGGCAAAGGAGCCUUUCGGACAGUCAAAGAGAUAAGGCCAAAGUUGAUGGAGAUGUCAGUAGUACCCCACCAGUACCUCCGAGAAGGGCGCGUGGUCGUCGAACCCGGACACCUCCGCGCCCCGCACCCAACGGUCUCCCUCCUACACCCAAAGUGCACAUGGGAGCUUGCUUUUCCAAGGUAUUCAACGGCUGUCCGUUGAGGAUAAACUGCACAGCGUCCUGGAUACACCCCGACACCAGGGAUCAACAUAUCCUUAUAGGCGCCGAAGAAGGUAUCUACACGCUGAACAUGAACGAACUGCACGAGACCGCUAUGGACCAACUGUGCCCGCGGCGGACGAUAUGGAUGCACGUCAUAAAAGACGUUCUUAUGUCGCUCUCCGGCAAAACCCCCUCCCUCUACCGGCAUGAGCUUCUAGCACUAUCGGGUAGCGGUAGAGGAGGGAGAGGGGGUGGAGCGCGAUCACUAAGGGUGUUGCCGCCGAGGUUGUUGCCGCGAAGGUUCGCACCUACCACACGGGUACCUGAUACUAGAGGUUGCAUGCGGUGCGCUGUGGCACGCAACCCCUACAACGGCUACAAGUACCUGUGCGGUGCGUCGCCCGCGGGACUGUUCCUCAUGCAGUGGUACGACCCUCUGAGGAAGUUCAUGUUGCUGAAGAAUAUAGACUGCGUUCUGCCGUCGCCUCUCCUCGCGUUCGAGCUGAUCAUCACACCGGAGCUAGAGUACCCGCUGCUGUGUGUCGGCGUCACGAGGAAACCAAUACGGCUCAACCUUGUUAACAUCAACUCUGGAGCGACUUGGUUCCACUCAGACGAGCUGGAUUUGUGUCCCGGUGGCUCGAACACUGUGAUACCUCGACCGGAACGUCUGCAUACUCUGAGAGCUGUUCACCAACUGAACAAGGAUGCUGUGCUAGUGUGCCACGAGAACGUUGUUGACAUAAUCCCUGUAUUGCCCGGCGGGGAAAGACGGCGGAACAAACUACCAUCCAGGAUACAGUUCGAUUUCCACAUAGACAGCAUACUGUGUCUAGCGGAUUCCGUGCUGGCCUUCCACCGGCACGGCGUUCAGGGACGGUCGUUACGGAACGCGGAUGUCACGCAAGAGAUCACAGAUCACUCGCGUGCCUACAGACUACUUGGACAUGACAAAGUUGUAGUACUAGAGUCGCAUAUACUGCAAAACAACACGCUUUCGGGCGAAGACGGGAACGAUCUCUAUAUUUUGGCGGGACAUGAAGCUUCUUAUUAAAAUAACGUGCGCUUAGAUUUACCGUACAAAACAUGUGCGCUUGCAUUGUUCGAUUGAUUAUAUAUGUAUGUUACGCUUAACCGUACAAGAGUAUGUACGUUUAGCUUUAUCAAACCAUAAAUUAAGGUACGUUCUGUCAUAAUAGAAAUAAUACGCGUUCAAAUGCAAAAACAUUGUACCGACGUUUAAUCAAAGUUACAAAUAACAAAAUUGUUGUUAAAAAAACAAAACUAAAAACGUUUCUGUAAUAGUAUGAGAGCCCGAUGCGUCGCUUUCAAAAGACAAUUUUUUUUCAACAAUUCAACCAAAAUUUUGAAGCAAUAAAUAAUCCCCCUAACGUGUUUGUUGUACGUCAAUUAAACUUCCAAACGGCUCUGCUGUGCUGCCAGCUCUGUCUGCCAGAUCGAAUACGAGCGGUCAAUCAACCCUGUCAACGCUCACGCGACGAAACCGAUCUUUAACCGGUUAAGAAAUUUUGUUUCCUGCAACCGUUCUCAAAUAUAAACCGGCUCAAUUAUAAAUUUAUAAUUUUAUUCAUAAGUCGUUUUACUAACAAAAUUUAAAAUGCGUGUAUUGAGUUUUUGGAACUGGUAACAUAACAUGACCAUACUAUACGACCCUUUUUCUCCUCACUCUUAUAUACCCCUCCUUAUCUUACCUUAUCUUAACCAUUCUUGUUGCACCACAAAUCCGUCUCAGUAUUCGGAUUCCAGUCGCAUAUACUCUUUUAAUCGCCCCUUUUAUACCCAAAACUAUUUGAUCCAUACAACAAGUCCCUAUCGACUUAUGAAUAUGAUAACCGUUUGGGUAAAAUUCCAUGAAAAGGCGCCCUUAUCUCUAAAUAGGUAACCCAAAUAUAAAAAUUGGCGAAAUAAAAUAAUCCUAAAACUGACCGCACAUCUAUAAACGCACAUCACAAACAACAAGUAUCCUGAUUUUCAUGAUACAUGAUAUCGGCGUAUAUUUAAAAAGCGAUUGACUACAACCUUGUCCGCUUUUUUUUUUUCGUGUAAAAGGUAACUUAUGUAUUUUACUGUACCUCUGAGAUCUUAUAAAAUUUUAUGAUGAUCCUUUGAGCAUUUGAGACGUGAAAACGUAUAUCUUUAUGGAUUAGGAUCGCGCAGAGAUAUCAAUUCUAUUUAUUUGUAUACAUGGACGAUCACCGUCGCAAUUUAAAAAUUCAAUACAAACUUGGCCAAGAUUGUCAUAAAAUUGGCGUAAGGUUUAUUAACUUGAAACUACUGAAAAUCCAAUUUGCAACCGAAAAUAAUACGCAAUGUAUUUUUCAUACAUGAAAAUGGGGCAAUGUCUUGGUUGUUGUUGUUGUUGUCUGUUAGAAAUAAAAAAUAUCGAAUAGGUCAUGAAAAAUAUAAUAAUAAUAUUAUUGUUUAUUAUGGCAACUAAGACCCAAGUCGCAGUUCACAACUUAACUGAAUAAAAAAGUAAAGCGAACUUAACUUGAACCAAAAUCCGCCGAUGAAUAGCAGCACUAAUAGUACUAUACAUACUAUAAGUAGUUUUUGGGUCGUAUGGAAAUGUGUUUACAAGCUAAAAAAACCAACUAAUUCUCCAUCUACAAGACAUUGGCAAAGUACUUUGUGCCCAGUUGGCGCAUAUAAAAGCCAUAGACAACUGAAUUUAAUUGAAACCAACGAUAAACGAUGCAAUUACAAAGUGAAAUAAUUAAUUUGUAGUAUAAAAUUUAUAUACCUUAUUAUAGCACUGCCAAUAUUUUAUAUCCAUUCCCGUGGAUGAAUAUGAGAAGCAAUAAUUGCAGCGAAUGAAUCUUGAAAAGCAUUUGGGUGAAUUGUUAAAUUUUACGUGUUUUACCUUUUUUCUGUGAAUAUAAAUAGUUUUGGAUAAAAUGAAUUUUAAAAACAAAAUCCCGUUAUAUUAAAAAUGUUUACCUGUAUAAGAAAAUGCCGAAUUUAAAAUCUUUUUUAAUAAUUAUAAAAUGAUGAAUGUAAAACAUACGGUAUAUGUUAUUAAACCGAUUUCAAUAAAAAAAUCGGUCGGUGUAAAAUUGGCUGUGGGUAUUAAAUUAUGUUAGAAUGUUUGCCAAACCGUCAGUCGUUAGUACUUAUUUUAUAAAUCGGCAUUUCGAUAGAAAAUCGGUCUUACUAAGUAACGUAGACGCUUCACUAGCGUAUAUAUUUAUCAAAAAUAUAACGGGUUUUUAUUUCGAAAUUCUCCUAACAGUGAUCGAUGUAACAUAAUAUAAAAAAAAGAAAAAUGUAUUUUGUAUUGAACCGUAUUUAAUAAUGUCGUUUAAUUUGUAUUAACAAGUAAAAGUCUCGUGACGCAUUAUGUGAUGCCAUACUAGAGAUAAAGAGUAAGUUAAGUUAACUUGCUCUUUGUGUCUUUGACGUCACAAAAUUUCAUGUGAAAUUGAUUCCGUGCCCUAAGGGCGUUUUAGCACGAGCCACCACCCUGCAUUAUUUUAAUAAAACGCUGUAACUACUUCGAUCGGUAUAAGAGUAAUAUAAUUUUUUAAUUUUUUUAUAACACUACAAGUGCCCUCGACUGCAGUCUCACCUGGCGGCAAGUGAUGGUGUAGUCAACUAAAAAAACAACAUGAUACAGCCAAAAAGUCGUGUGCAAAAGGCGCGUCAUGCCUUCAGUGUCGUUCAACGAGUUAUCGUGCAAAUAAUAUUCGAGGACUUCCCUGGCGCGGCGAAUAGCUCUGUGGUAAACCACUUAAAAAAGUAAAAGUAAAAGUAAAUUUAAAAUUUCCCAUGGUCUGGUCCGGUGGGAGGCUUAGACGAAACUAGUUACUAGGUGAUUAAGCGUUUAGGUACGAAGUCGCAUAAAAACCUAUUUAGGAAUAUGGCUUCAAUAUAACUGCCAUACCUCUAACAGGUUAGCCCUACCAUCUUA